CAGCUUUUAGCUUCAAACAUAGCAUAGAGAACUCUGAAUCUGAAUAACUUGGAGAGUACUGAGAACUUAAUCCACUCCAAUCCUCAGAAGCGUUGAAUUCAAACUGGUUGGUUGGUUAUAUAGCACAGAAUACACCUGAAGAAAAUGAAGGCCGCCAUUGUUUUCGUGCUCCUCUUUGCCAUAGUCUACUGUCGUCCUCUGAAGCGUUCAGUGAGCAGCUCAGAGAGUUCUGAGGAACAAGCCGCUGCCAAACCGGCGCCCCCAAUUCUGCGGAAAGCCCCUGCAAAAGCAGUGCAGGCAGUAGAGGUUGUACCUGCUCAGGCUGUUAAAGCAGCUCCAGAAGCUCCAGCAGAUCCAGAAGCAGCAGCAGCGGCAGCAUCAUCGGAUGAGGACGACUCAGAUGAAGCUGAGGACACAAACACGCCAUCAGACACAGAGGACGACAGCGCAGACAGUGCUGACAGCGUGGACACGCAGGACACCGACUCUGCUGACUCCAGUGAGAGUGAUGAGUCUGGAGAAACUGAGGCCACCACCACCCCACCUUUCACCGAGGAGCCCACCCUGGGCCCUAUUAUUAACGACGGCCGCGGAGACAACAUGGGCUACCCCAGCGACUACAAGAAGACCAUCAUCUACGUAGAUGCCAACGAAAUUGAGAAGAUACCUUCUCCCUACAAGUCCUACAUGCCUGAGCACAUCGAGGGUCUGAACACCAUCAGUAAGAAGACCUCCCACUACGACGGGCAGGAAGCCAAUGACGUGGAGAAGCAUCUGAAGGUUUACAAGGCUCUGCAGGUGCACAAUGAUGUUCUGGAGGAGGACACCAGCACCCCUGAGGAGGAGAGCCAGGGUCUGGAGGCUUCCAGCGGUACUGAGGAAGAGGAGCCCAAUGCAAAGCAGGCGUCUCUGGAUGAUCAACAGGGGGAGAGUGAUGGUGCCAGUGCCAGUGAAGCCGCCGGUGAGAGUGCCAGUGCCAGCGCCAGCCAGGAGGAGACGGCAGCGUCCGACAGCAGCCAAAGCAGCGAGGAGGCCACCGCCACCCCCGGUGCCGCCGACGGCGAGAGCGACUCCUCUCAGAGCUCCGAGAGCCUGGAGGACGACUCCGCCGAGCAGACAGUGGAGGCAACGUCCGACAUCCCUGACGUCAUCAUCGCCAAAUAAACACCCCACCAGCACAAAACCCCCGAGACGCCCAAACUGCUGUUCCCAGUGAAGAAUGCAACCUUAUCCAGAGUGGUGCUAAUAAUAAUAAGAGACUCACUUCACUGUCUCCAUGAGAGAGAGAGAGAUAAUAAUAAUAUAAGUAGCAGAUCGCAAUAAAAUAAAUAUCAGACAAGCCUGGUCAUGGGCUGUGGCUGCAUGAUGCUACCUGUAAAGAAGCAGUUUCUUCUCAUCACAACAAAAUUUUGCACAUUUAUUUACGAUAUGUUUAUGUAAAGUAUUUUAUGCUGCCAUGUAUCAUGAUUUAUCCUUUAUUAAUAAAUUCUUUUUUUUUU